AUGUCAAGAUUUCGCGCCAGCACCAUGGAAUCUGACAACCUGAGACGCUUGGAGCAUGCACUGGUCAAGUUCCGCUCGUACAAGCGGAACAACACUUUCAAAACGAACAUCCUGCGUCUAUCGCUCCUUCCCUUUCUCAGAAGCACCAGUGCGCCCUGGUCGGCCCACCGUCUCGACGCGGUGGACAAAGCGUCCAGAACCGAGUUCCUGGAGCUCGCCGUCGUGCUUCUGAGCUGGUGGAAGGAGCUUCUGACAGCAGUCAAGGAGCUACAUCAGAUGACGUCUAUCGACAGAAACUGCUAUUUAGAGGCGAUUUCCAGAAUCGUCGGGCGCCAGGAGUGGCUGGAGAUCUCCAAAGAACCCAACUCUGAAAUUUACAAACAGCACAACACACAGCUACUUGAGACGUUCGAGUUCUGCAUAGCAAGGCUCGAUGUCAAGAAUAUCAACCUGCCCAUCAACGCUUUUGUCGGCAAGAUCUUUGCCCACGCCUUUGUGAAGCUGCCUGACCUUUCCCGCGGCAUCCUGUUCCUGCUCAACUCCAGGGUUAAAAAUUUCAAGGAGUACUACGACCUGGUGAUUCGAGAAAAAUCGCCUCACCAGUGUGUUCCGGGCCGCGAUAAAAAUUACUUCAAGGAGGUGAUAAAUGCCACUCUGGCAUAUUUCCCGCAACACCUGCAUCCGCUUAUCAAGUCUGCCGAGCAACCCCGUCAAACCAGGUACAAGCUGGAAAACAAGGUUCUCAACUCGAUAACGCCGCCAUCCGCAAAAAUCACAGGAAUCAGCGACCCGCGCGGGCUUUGGUGCACCAGAUGGUCGUCCCUCGAGAACGUCGACUUGUUCUGCUCGUUUUUCCGCCACUAUCUCACACUUGUCUCAUUCUACGUGCAGCAGACUAAUUCGCUCUCCGCUCAGCAGGUUUACGCCCUUCCAGGCUUCGCAUAUCUGAUCACUCACAUUUUCGAAAUUGUCGAUUACCAGAUCUUCCAAGCCGCACAGCGCACAGGCAAUCAGCCCACAGAGUCGCAGGUCGACAAGUUGCUGAAGCUGCUGCGCGACUUCCUCGCCAACGCACGCCACGAGUUCGAGCCUAGUCUCAGGAACGGUGUUCUAGAGUGCUUCGAUACCGUAUUCAAGCUUGUUUUCUACAAGACGACCAUUUUCCAAACAGAGAGAAUAGACCUCUGUUUCGACAUAUGGGUCCGCUUCGUGAGAAGCAUAGACGAGACAAACUCGUAUGCCGUCCAGGACCUAGAUUGGAAGUUCUGGACCGAUACAAUUUUCAAGAUGCUCAACUCGGAGUUCAUCAACGGUGAACUCAAGGCGCUCUCUGUUUUGUAUCAGAUAUGGGACUAUCUUCCAUCUAGCAAGCCACCGCAGGCGGAUUGGGUGUCAGAUCCUAGCGAUACACUGAAAUACAACAUCAUCUUGUGUCUCACAGGUUCGGAGAACUGGUCCAAGUUCUUUGGUCACUACCUGCCCUUGGUGAGAUGCUACUACAUCACUUUGAUGGUGUGGAAAGUUUUGGGUUUGGCGUCCUUACAUCUGAGUGCCGAGGGCAGCUUUGCCGAUGUAAUGACAGGAAAGAAAGUCCAGGCGAUCAUACAGACGCGUCUGGAUCAGAGUUACAGUUGCUCAGAAAAGCUUCCAGUGGUUCCUACUGACCCGCUUCUGAACAAGAAACUGGCUAUUGUGAGCGCAGGACUUAGAGACGAUCCGUCAAAAAGAGACGUUGUCAGGUCGCAUCCUUACGAAAUCCUGGAUGAUGCAGUUUACACGUGUGCCAAUCUGUCCAUGGACAACUCGACGACGAGCCUUUCUUCUUCUACUUCGUAUGCUUCGACAACGUCCAUGACGAGCAAAAGGUCGAAGCUAGCAAGUCACUGGGUCUCGAAGUUUUUCAAGAAGAAGGACAGCGACGAGGACUCGAAACAGUCGGAGUCCCCGAAAAUUCCUCCGCCAACGGCUGCGUCAGGGCAGUCGGCCUUUUCUUCUCAAAGCUCUCUCCUUCCUCCUUCGACGUCUUCGUUGACGCUAUCUUCGAAGUCCUCUUCGCCAAGCAUUCUUUCUUCCGCUACCACGUACAGUUCGCCUCAGUCACCACUGUCCUCAGUGGAGUUCAUUGACACCAGCAGCGAGCCGGACAACAGGCAGAAGCUUCCCGUUGAGCUGUUAAUGAGACCCCCUGAGCUGGGCAAACCAAUCUACAAGUUCCAGCUGGUGGUCAACGAAAAUAAAAUUCACAAUUCUCUCAAACAGUUGCAAAACUUUAAUGUCACAAAGUUCAACAAAGAGGCGUCGCGGUGUUACAACACAAGACCUAAACUUCCGGGGCUUGGAUUGGAUGUCGCUGGUGGAAGUAUCUGCAGUGAUGACGAUAUGGACAUGGAUUCUCAGGACUCUAGAAGUUUGGAUUUCCAGUUCAGGUCCACCAUGCCUGUGGACACGGCAGAGCUCGCUCUGCAACCGCUUCCUUUCAAGGCAACCUACACGAACGCUAUUUAUGAGUAUAACAACAUUGCUCACGAGUUUGAGCAGUUUGUCAGGCAAAGACUCAACGCUGCGUCCGGAACAAGUACUCCAACAGAUGCUGCACUCUAUUUAUUCAGCGACAGUCUUGCUGUCUCCAUUCCGGUGCUGCUUUCAGAGGCUCCCGAAAAGCCCAACGCGUACUGA